AUGUGCCCUGUGUCCCGUUGCCUCAUGUGUUGUGCCCCAUGUCCCCAUGCUCUGAGUCUAUCCCCCCAUGCCGUGGUCGUCACUGUGCCCGUCACAGGAGCACCUUGGCCGGGACUUCUGCACGGAGUACGAGCGCACCAAGUGGGCGGCGGACAGAGAGGGGUGGUGAAUGGUGGUGGGAGACGCAAGCAGAGGGUAAAAACCCGCAAAGCAUGCCUCAUCCCCUCCGCCCCUCUCAGGAGCACACGGGGCGGGACUUCUGCACGGAGUACGAGCGCACCAAGUGGGCGGCGGACAGAGAGGGGUGGUGAAUGGUGGUGGGAGACGCAAGCAGAGGGUAAAAACCCGCAAAGCAUGCCUCAUCCCCUCCGCCCCUCUCAGGAGCACACGGGGCGGGACUUCUGCACGGAGUACGAGCGCACCAAGUGGGCGGCGGACAGAGAGAGACGAUGGGUGGAGCACACGGGGCGGGACUUCUGCACGGAGUACGAGCGCACCAAGUGGGCGGCGGACAAGGUGGCGAGGCGGGCGGUGGAGAGCGAGGGGCUGGACGUGGUGCUCGUGUAUCCGUGCGUCAUCUACGGACCGGGCAGGAUCAGCGCCUCUAACCUCGUCGUCAAGAUGAUCGCGGACCACUUCCAGGGGCGGCUACCGGGGCUGGUGGGCAGCGGCACGCGGCUCAACAACUUCGUGCACGUCAACGACGUCGUGCUCGGCCUGCUCGCCGCCCACCACCGCGGCACGCCCGGGCGGCGCUACAUCCUGGGCGGCGAGAACGCGUCCAUGGUGCAGCUGUUCCAGGCCGUGCAGCGCGCCACAGGGAAACCCCCCCCGCGGCUGCGCCUGCCGCUGUGGCUGGUGGCGGUGCUGGGCCUGUGCCCACUGCUGCUGCUCUCGCUGGUCUUUCCACAACUGGGCCGACAAGGGCCGCCCACCGCUCUCUUUCUGCCUUUCAUGCCUGCUCACUCUCUUCAACGUGCCUCUCCUCUUUCCGACCAUCCCCUCUCCUCUUUCCGACCAUCCCCUCUCCCCCUCUCCAAUCACCAGUCAGUGCGGGCGUUCAACCACGACAGGGCGUACAGUAGCGAACAGCCCGACUCACCCCUCCAUGCCUGUAAUCCCUCUCUCCCCCUUGUCUCUCCCCCUCCCUCCCCCAACCGCCAGUCAGUGCGGGCGUUCAACCACGACUGGGCGUACAGCAGCGAGCAGGCACAGCAGGACCUCGAGUACUCGCCGCUCUCCCUGGAGGAGGGCCUUCGAGACACCCUCACGUGGAUGCGUGCUGUGGGGGCUGUCACGUACAUGCUAAGCUAA